GAGGAUUCCCAUUGGUCCUCCUGCUCUUUCUGGACUCUCCCUCUUCCGAAGUCCGAGGAAAACUCCUCCCCCCCUCCAGACCCUCCGAUUCCUCCUCUGGGGCUGGGAGCGUCUUUCUCCCCCCUUUGGGGCGCUUGUGGGGAGCCUCCAUGGCUUUGGCUGGGCUCCCCCUGAUGCUGCUGCUGGGGGCGCUGGCCCGGAUCCCCGGGAGCGAAGGGGGGGAGGAGACCCCCGCCCAUUUCUUGUACCAGGAGAAGGUCGAGUGCCGCUUCCUGAACGGGACGCAGCGGGUGAGAUACCUGUACAGGCAACUCUACAACCGUCAGGAGUUUCUCCACUUCGACAGCGACCUCGGGAAGUUCGUGGCCGUCACGGAGUUGGGGCAGGUGGAUGUGGACAGGUGGAACAGGGAUGAGCGCUUCAUACAGUACAAGAAGGCCGAAGUGGAUCGCUUCUGCCGGCACAACUACGGGGUGUUCCAGAGCAAUUCCGUGGUUGGUCGGACAGCCAAGCCCUCCGUCUCCAUCUCCCCCACCAAGAUGGAGCCCUCCUCCCCCAACACCAUCCUCCUCUGCACCGCGACCGGCUUUUAUCCCGUGGAGAUCGAGAUCCAGUGGCCGAAGAACGGGCGGCCGGAGGAGGAGGGCGUGGCCUUUGGGGAGGAGCUCCAGAAUGGAGACUGGACCUAUCAGCGCCAGGUGAUGCUGGAGACCCAGCCCCAACGGGGGGAUGUCUACACUUGCAAGGUGGGGCAUGCCAGCCUGGAGGCCCCCAUCACCGUCCAGUGGGAGCCCCGUUCCUCCAGCUCUGCCAGGAGCAAACUCUGGACGGGGAUCAUGGGGGCCGUGAUAGGAGUGGCCUUCCUGGCUGUGGGGCUCUUCUCCUACCUGAAGAGCAAGAAAGCAAUUCCCAUCCAACCUCCUGCAGCCAAGCCCACCGUCUCCAUCUCCCCCACCAAGAUGGAGCCCUCUUCCCCCAACACCAUCCUCCUCUGCACCGCGACCGGCUUUUACCCCAUGGAGAUCGAGGUCCAGUGGCUGAAGAACGGGCAGCCGGAGGAGGAGGGCGUGGCCUUUGGGGAGGAGCUCCAGAACGGAGACUGGACCUACCAGCUCCAGGUGAUGCUGGAGACCCAGCCCCAACGGGGGGAUGUCUACACUUGCAAGGUGGGGCAUGCCAGCCUGGAGGCCCCCAUCACCGUCCAGUGGGAGCCCCGAUCCUCCAGCUCUGCCAGGAGCAAACUCUGGACGGGGAUCAUGGGGGCCGUGAUAGGAGUGGCCUUCCUGGCUGUGGGGCUCUUCUCCUACCUGAAGAGCAAGAAAGCAACUCCCAUCCAACCUCCUGCAGCUGAAGACUCUUUGUCCUGUUUGCAACCUGUGAGAAAUGGAGGCUGAAGGUGGCAGUUUGUGGGGAGGAGGAGAAUGGCAGCCUGGACCUUCUCCUGCUGAGACACACACACACACCAGCUUCCUUUCAGGGCCUCUCUUUCUUGUGAGGGAGGGGUGGAGACCAUCUAGACUGUCCCCAGGGAUGCUAGGUGGACCUGUCACUCCAGACCCCUCAACUCUCCUGGCUUUGAACCCACAGCAGCUUCAUCUACAUUAUUCUUCCUCCCACUCACUUCCCUUCCCUUCGCUUUGCUAUAAAAGAAUAAACUUCAGAUGUAAGAAAA